CCUAGAAACUUUUGCCUCUCCCUUGUAGGUUUUUUCCAGAAUAAGAUCAAAUAAAGAAUGAACUUCCGGAAAGUGGUCCUAAUCUACGUUCUAAUAUUCGCCUGGUUUAUGGUAUACCACUUGGUCUUCAGUCAGACGGAAAUCACCUACAAUGUGGGGCCGCAGUUGACCGUGGGACCAAUGGGGGAGACGUACUACUCUCCUCCCCUAAUGGGAAACUACUAUCAACCUAUGAUGCCUAGCAGCUUGGUGGGAUCUGGUAACCUCGUGGGGAUCGGUCUUGUGGGAUACUUGAUCUGGACCUUAUUGAAAUUUCUGAUCCCGAUCAUAUUUAUAUCUGCCAUAGGACAGUCCUCAAGAAACUCAGACUGAUGGUCAUCGAAGAUCACUAAAAUAGAAGUGAUGUCAAAAGUUCUUUGGGGGUAACAGCGUUCACUUACUUACUGUGAAACAAACAAAUAAAAUUUGAAUUUAAAUAUCACAGGGAAAAAUUGUUUGACUGUUAUUAUUU